AUACGAUCAUACAUUACAGGCUACAAGCAAGGAUAUACCAAGCAGGAUAAUCGACCAGGAUACCCACACCCAUCCGUAAUACCCACCAGGCAAGGGGAGUGUCAUAAAAAUGGGCAACAAGCAGAUUAAACAGCACCUGGAGACGGCCCAGAAGACGGGCAUACUGAAGAUAUCGCUGCAGCGCCUGCAGGAGUUCCCGCCCCAGCUGAAGGCCUAUCCCAACGUACUGAAGACCCUGGAUCUGUCCGAGAAUCGAUUCGAACGGGUGCCCGACGAACUGGGCAAGCUGACGUUGCUGAAGCACCUCAACCUGAGCGGCAAUCGGCUGGCGGAGCUGAACGAAGUGGUCGGCGAGCUGGUGAAGCUGGAGGUGCUCCUGCUGAUGGACAACCUGCUGACGCGGCUGCCCAAGACCCUGGCCAACUGCACCCACUUGAAGACCGUCAACCUGAGCAACAACCAGCUGAAGGAGUUCCCCUCGAUGUUCUGCGGCCUGAAGCAGCUGGACGUCCUCGAUCUGUCGCGCAACCGGAUCACCGAGGUGCCCUCGGAGGUGGGCGGUCUCUAUGUGACCGAGCUGAACCUCAACCAGAACCAGAUCUCGACGCUCGCCGAGGAUGUGGCCGACUGUCCCAAGCUGAAGACCCUGCGGCUCGAGGAGAACUGCCUGCAGGCCAGCGCCUUCACGCCGCGCAUCCUCAAGGACUCCAAAAUCUGUAAUCUGGCCGUGGACGGCAAUCUAUUUCAGUCCAAGCAGUUCACCGACCUCGACGGCUACGAUGUCUACAUGGAACGCUACACGGCGGUGAAAAAGAAGAUGUUCUAGAUGGUCCACCAUCCACCAUCCCUCUUGGAGAGAAUCCUCUAUAUUUGCAUAUAUUGUAUGUGUGUGUGUGUGUGUUUCCUCAGCCCCAACCGAUCCUUAGUCCCCAGCCUUUAAUUUAUGAUCGUAAACUAAUUAAUUAGCUUAAUUAUAUGCCCUCGGAGAUCAAAAUCGAGAAAAGACAAGAAUCGCGGGCAUAUAUAUAUGUUUGUAGCCGAGAUCGUAGGUUGAAGAUUGAAGAUUUAUCACAAAAAUACAACCAAGCUUGUAAUUGUUUAAACUUUAAACUUUAAAGUUAUAUAUAAUGUGUAUAUUUUUUACUGCAAAUGUAAUAUCAUUUAAUAAAUUAGAAAAAUUCA